AUGGAUAUGCAGUCGGAUUACAAGGUUGAAUUCCAAAGCGAGCGCGCACGAUGGCCGCCUCUGACGAGAAUGCUCAUGUCGGGCGAGAUGAGUGGCUAUGUGCCCAAGGAAUUGACUAUGAAGCAAAAGUUUGAUCGCUGGAUGAUCAAUGAAGGCUGGCGAAGAUUUACCGUGUUUUUAUUUGUACUCGUUCAGAUUCUGGUCUAUAUUUUCGGAUUCAUGAAUUAUGCGUUCAAGGACAAUUUGAAUACUGCCCGAGCAACAUACACGUGGACAUAUAUGGUGGCCAGAUCUGCGGCUUUGGCUUUGCAUCUUGAUGUCGGCUUGAUUCUUUUUCCUGUCUGCCGAACAUUAAUAUCCCUUUUGAGACAGACGCCUCUUAAUGGGAUCAUUCAAUUUGAUAAGAAUAUUACUUUUCAUAAGUUGGUCGCAUGGGCAAUUGUAUUCUUCUCCUGGGUACACACAAUUGCGCAUUUGAACAACGUAGCCCAACUCUCCGCCAAAAACGGCCAGGGCUUCGCGGGCUUCCUUCGAGCUGGUUUCUUGACAGGCCCAACCUGGACAGGAUGGAUUAUGCUGAUCGCCCUCAUGCUCAUGGUCGGAACAUCGGUCGAAAAGCCGCGACGCGCAAACUUUGAGCGUUUCUGGUAUACGCAUCACCUGUUUGUUGUGUUUUUCGUUUUCUGGUCCAUGCACGGUAUCUGGUGUAUGAUUCCGACGGAUUUUGCGCCGUUUUGUUCUGGAAACGGUGUUUUCUAUCAGUAUUGGAUCUAUGGGGCCGUGAUUUAUUUGGCUGAGCGAGUGGCGAGAGAGAUUCGAGGACGACAUGCGACGGUCAUUUCGAAAGUGAUCCAGCAUCCCAGUAAUGUCGUUGAAAUUCAGAUUAAGAAGGAGAAGACCAUUACAAAGGCUGGCCAGUACAUCUUCCUCUGCUGUCCAGAAAUAUCUCUCUGGCAAUACCACCCAUUCACUCUCACUAGUGCCCCUGAAGAAGAUUAUAUAUCUGUCCACAUCCGCUGCGUCGGCAACUUCACCAAAGCUCUCGCCAAAACCCUAGGUUGCGAGUUCGAGUCCGGCAAGAACAAAGGCAAAGACGGCAAAGGCGACGCCUCCGCCGUCGUCGGAAUUGAUAAAAUCGGCACCGGCGAUAAGGAUCUUGAUCCAAGGAUCCGCCGCAUUUUACCACGAAUCUAUAUCGAUGGUCCGUUCGGUAGUGCUUCAGAAGAUGUAUUCAAGUACGAAGUGGCCAUGUUGGUUGGAGCCGGUAUUGGUGUUACGCCAUUUGCAUCCAUCCUGAAGAGCAUCUGGUAUCGAAUGAGUCGCGGCAAACAGCAGACGAGGUUACGUAAAGUGUACUUUUUCUGGGUUUGUCGAGAUUUCGGGUCAUUUGAGUGGUUCAAAUCAUUGCUCUCUGCUAUUGAGGCGCAGGAUUUGGAGAGUCGGAUUGAGAUCCACACUUAUCUGACCGCCAAAAUCAAACCUGAUGACGCGACAAACAUCAUGAUCAACGACGCCAACGCUCCCCAAGACACAAUUACAGGCCUCCGAGCACCCACAAACUUCGGCCGACCAAACUGGGAUAUGAUAUUCCGGUCAGUCCGCAAGAUCCAUUCACCAGCUGAAGCGGGUGUAUUCUUCUGUGGGCCCAAGGGUCUUGGAAGUCAAUUGCAUAUCAAAUGUAAUCAGCACUCGGACCCAGACUUUGAGUUUGUUUGGGGCAAGGAGAAUUUUUAG